AUGGUAGUGAAGAUCCGACUGGCGCGCUUCGGGCGCCAGAACUCGCCCUUCUACAACAUAGUCGUAGCACAUGCAAGAACGGCGCGAAACAGCAGACCACUCGAGGUAAUCGGCACCUACGACCCGAUCCCGAAGCCCGAACCCUACGACGACUCGGGCAAGCUGCACAAGGACAUCAAGCUGGACACGAUAAGGGCGCGGUACUGGAUCGGUGUCGGGGCGCAGCCGACGGAUACCCUGGGAAUCAUGGAGCCGAAAUACAGAGAUACCGAGCCGAGGACGCCGCCGCCUAUGCCGCCUUCGGUCCAGGGCACUGCGAACCCGCAAUAG